AUGCUUAACCCAACAGUAUCAUCUCCAGAAGCAGAGUCACGGCUCACUUUUGGUGUCGAACUAGAAUUCCUCUUAGCUACUAUAUCCAAGGGCGGUGAAACCCCUCAUCCAAGUGAUCCUCGCGAGGUAGAUCCAAGAAUUCUCGCGGAUGAAGAUUCGAUAAAUUAUGAUAUUGAGAGGAAAUUGGAGGAAGUUGGCAUUGCAGCAACGGUGAAGGAGUCCGACUAUGGAAAUCUGGGAGAAGUUAAUGCAGCCGCUGCUACCGAUUGGAUAUUGCAAACUGACUUCACCGUUGGCCCGGGCCAGCAAAAUUCAAACGUCAGAAAGUAUCUUGAAUAUGGCAUGGAAAUGUCAUCUCCUCCCUACUACUACGAUGAAGCCACUCGAAGGACCGUAGAAACAGUUGUGAGGAAAUUGAGAAAUAGUUACUUAGUUCGCGUCAACGAAACUACAGGGCUGCAUGUUCAUGUCGGCAUUGGAUACCGUGGUUUCGACUGGCCCAUCUUGCGUAACUUUUUGGCCAUUGCAUGGACCUACGAACGUCAGAUUUUGUUGAUAAUGCCUGAGAUUCGGCUAGAUAACCCACAUUGUAAGUCCCUCAGAGAUUCCAAACUAGGUAGCUACGAUCCCAGGCUCACUCGCCUUGAGGUUCUAAAUCGUAUUCUGUCAUUUACUAAUAAUGGGCAAGUAGUUAGGGAAAUUGGAAGCAGAAAUACAGGCUUUAACAUAAGUAAUUUGGCUCCUCCUUUCCUUUCUAGUUUUGGCAAACGCACAAUCGAGUUUCGUCACCACCCUGGAACUCUCGACUCGGAGAGCAUUUUACACUGGGUUCACAUAUGCGUGAAGUUGGUCGAAAAGGCAUGUCUCAUCAAGAACGAAGCCGAGCUUUUUGAACAACUCCGAACCGACGUUGAAAAGCCAGUUGGAUUUGGAGACAAGAAUAAUGUUACCACGGUCGACUAUCUUAUGUGGCUUGGCUGUCCAUCCCAAGCAUACUACUAUGGUAAGCAGCUCAUAUCCGACAAGGUCCGAGUAGAGAAAAGAAUAAGAGAUGCUGCAGAAGAAGAAGCGAAGAGCGUACCUACACAACCCGCAGGACUUCCGCAAAAUAUGCUAGACAUCUUGCGGAAUGCCCUCGGGACACCCAGAAAUAGGUAA